AUGGUGAAAAAGACAAUUAUUGUAACGGGUGCAUAUGGUGGUAUUGGAAAAGCAAUAUGUAAAAUUUUAGCAAAAGAUCUUAAUAAUCAAAUAAUAUUAGCUGGACGAAAUGAAAAAGAAUUAUAUUCAACAGUUGAAGAAAUUAAAUCAAAAACAAAUAAUAAUUCAAUUCAAGGUUAUAUUGUUGAUUUUUCAUUAAAAGAAUUAAUUGAAAAUUUUGCAUUACAAUUACAAAAUCAACCAAUUGAUGUAUUAAUUAAUAAUCAUGCAACAAGACCACAAAAACGUGAAUUAACUAAACACGGUAUUGAAGUACAAUUUGCAACGAAUGUUUUAGGUUAUAUAUGGAUGAUAAAUGCAUUUGAAAAUAAUCUUAAAAAAUGUUCACCUAAUGCACGUAUUGUUAAUGUUGCUAGUUAUUGGGCUGGUGGUCUUGAUAUAAAUGAUCUUGAAUAUGAAAAACGAAGAUAUACAACUGAUGAUGCUUAUCGACAAGCUAAACAAGCAAAUAGAAUGUUAACAUUAGCAUAUGCAGAAAAAUUUCUUCAUGAUGGUAUAACAGUUAAUGUUUGUCAUCCAGGUGAUUCAAAUACAAAAUUAAGUAAUUCAUUGGGUUUUGGUGGUCAUGAAACACCAGAAGAAAGUGCAAAAACACCUGUUUAUUUAGCUAUAUCGAAUGAUGUUGCACAUAUAACAGGAAAAUAUUUUCGUGAUUGUAGAAUACAAGAUGAUCCAUUUAUGAAAGAUAAAGAAUUAAUUAAAAAACUUUAUGAUAUUUGUCAAAAAUAUUAA